CCUGGAAUCAGCUGUCUCUUCCCAUGUAUGUCACCCCUCCCUCCCUGUAACUCACUACCUCUCCUCCCCACCCUCCUUGUCACACUCUCUCUCUCCUUGUCUCCCUUUCUCUCUCUAUCCCUUCGUCACUUCCAGUCUGAGUCUGAGAGUCACAUCCGGCACCUGGAGAAACAGAGAGAGAGAGAGAGAGAGAGACAGGGACAGGGAGAGACUGCCGGCGCAGAGGGGUGGCCUGGGACAACGAGAUCUACGUCAUAGUGUGACCGAGGAAGUGACAGAGGAGACACGGGACAGACAGACAGACAGAGACUAUCUACCUGUGUUGAUCGGCAGGUGGAGAAGAUACCUGUCCGGCCGGUAGCUCCUCACUGAAAACAGGGCUACCUACCUCUAGAAGCACCCAGUAGACGACCACCAUUUAUCUGAUCUACUCCAGAGACCUUUAACCGGAUUGACCUCCCAGCCAGAGGCUCCAGAUAUUCAGAAUUCCAGCUUUGGAACACUCAAGACUCAGGUUCCAAACGAGUUAGAAUUUUUUAUUUUUUUUUCAAAUCUAAGAAAACAUGCAUAUUUGUACACUCUUAUAUGUAUUUUAAAACUAUGACUUUUAUAGGUGUUUCUACUCUCUGCAUUCCCUGGCCAGACUGGAAAUACUUGACUCUGUGAAUAUUUUUUGCCUGGAGCUCCUUUUAGAUUUUUCAUAUUUUUUAUUUUUUUUUUAACCAUCCAAAAUAUAUCAAACUUGUAGCUACAUUUUGGGCCUUUUUUGUGUGAAAACCUCACACAGUCCAUGAUCUUAUAAUUUAUUCAAAUUUCCAGAAAAAAAUAAAUCUUCAGAUUGCCCGCGAAGGACUGACCAAAACAAAUGUAUUUUAUUUGUGAAAUAUUGUGCAGUCUUUAAAAUGGAUGUUUCCUGUAGAAGCUGUACAUUUGGAUUAAAAUCCUACAGUUUUGGUUAAAAACCCAUUCCAGCAUGGGCUAUAAUUAACACGAUAUUUUUAUAUAUAUAUUUAUAUAUUGAGACAUUUUAAAUCCUUGCAAAAAUAGGUGUCCCCUUUCUUUUUCUUUUUUUACAUUUUCUUUUGAUCAUUUUUUGGGAGUAAUUGGGAGAUGAACGGGUUUUCCAUCAAAGAGUUGUGCUGCCUCUUUUGUUGCCCGCCGUGUCCUGGCAGAAUUGCGGCAAAAUUAGCAUUCUUGCCACCUCAACCCACCUAUGCCAUUGUACCUGAAGCGGAAGCACCCCCUGCGACUGGCAGUGGACGUGGCGCAACAGGGAUUAUGGGAAGAUGGAAGCUACAUCUCACGGAUCGUGCCGACUUCCAAUACUCUCAGCGGGAGCUGGACACCAUAGAGGUUUUCAUGACCAAGAGUAAUCGAGGAAAUCGAAUCGCCUGCAUGUACAUCCGUUGUGUGCCCGGCGCAAGGUAUGGGCUUAAUGUUGUAGUGUUGGUUGUUUACUUGUCUAAUUUAGUAUUUACUGAAUUGCGUUUAUUUAUUUUGGAAGGGGGGAAAGUUGAAUCUUUAAUGUGAUUUGUGAAUUUUUCAAACUUUGUUUUCUUCCAAUUGCAAUUCUAGCUAAUUUUACUUUUUCUGUCCUGUAAAACUCAAAAAACUUUUCUGAACAUAUUUACCACCACUUUAAGUUCUUCCUCACCUUCGUCUGCCAUUCUUCCUUUUUUUUUUUUAACAAUAAUGUUUGUAGUGAACUAAUUCAACCUUGUUUGCUUUCCCUUUUACUGUGUUCCCACACCCUUUUCUACAGGUUCACCGUGCUAUUCUCUCACGGCAAUGCUGUAGAUUUGGGCCAGAUGAGCAGUUUCUAUUUGGGCCUUGGAACGCGCAUCAAUUGUAACAUCUUUUCCUACGAUUAUUCUGGAUACGGAGCAAGCUCAGGACGGCCCUCUGAAAAGAAUCUCUACGCUGACAUUGAUGCCGCCUGGCAGGCUCUGCGUACCCGGUGAGUACAUUAGUUCAAAAUAAUCUACAAACUUGAUCCAAGUAAUAAUAAAAUGAGAGAAAAAAAAAAAAUGAAUUCUAACGUAUUAAAAAGUCUCAUUAUGUGAUAUAAUCCAGCAGCUAUUGAACAGUGUAAUAUAAUUUUAAACACUUUCAUCCAUCAUGUGUUUUGUUUUUUGUUAAUACUAUUUUAAAGGAACACUCCAAACACCAUAAUCACUACAGCGUGAUGCAGUGGUUAUGGUGCCAGGAAUGCCCUGGCUCCCCCCAUUGUAAGUAGUUUAACCUUUUUAGAGCAGUUUGACUCCUUACCUGGGGUCAGCUAUUUGCCACUCUCUGCCCCUCUGCACAGCCAGAAGCUCAUGAGUAGGAGCUUCCACAACCUUACCUCCACUAAGCCCUGCGGUGCAGGACUAGCUUGUUGGCUGAGAGCGUCAGCAAAUUGCCCUCCGCCAUGGAGCUAAGCACUGAACCGCAAGCUUAGUUCAGACAGAGAACUUUACGGUAGAGAUGAGGAUGUAAUGAAGGCAGGGACUGGUGCUCGGUGUCCCCCAUGUAAGAACUCAAACUGCUGUAGUAGUUAUGGUGCUUAGUGUUCUUUUAAUGUAAGUUCCAUUUACUUGUUUAUUUUUAUAGUUUAUGUAUUCAUUACAAUAACCUAAUAUUUCCAUUUUAAGGCGGCACUGUCGUUUGCUUGUUUUUUCAUAUUUUGCGUUUAUCAAUAUCACAAGAACUCCUCCAUUGAACUUAUUGCUCACUGCGCAAGAAGAUACCUUUUCCACCAGUCCCCAGUGAUGGCUGAUGGGAAAUGACAAAACGUUAUAGGUCCUUGGCCUUUUGGCAAACUCAGAAAUAGCAACAAGGCAGAAAAGAUCGUAUUUUGUUUCGUGAUAUGUUUUGAUAGUGGUAAAGUUUUGAAGAAAUUUCAAUGCAGUCAGCGAAUGACUGCAUUGAGUAUUUUCUAAAGAUUAUAUCUUUGUGAAUUAAUCCAAAGUAACAGGGCAGUUUCAAGUCACACUGGGGAUUCCAAACUAGGAACUGGUGAGAUUUGACAGUGGCAUUGUGUGGCCUGUUUAAUUAAUUACGUGUACCGUGCUGUCCGGAAUGUAGGGGGAGUGUUUUCAACUUGUCUUUUGUCAUGUGAUAUAACACAAUGAGGAGGACUUAGAAAAUCCUUACGACUGUUGCUACAACUAACUGUGUGUUUGUUGAUUUUUACGUACAGAUUUCCCCUCCGAGUUUAGGAACAAAACAACUUGACAUUUUUGUCAAUUUUCCUUCACUGGAAGUGAUGUUGCUGUAAAUAUAUUUUAUAAGUUAUUGUAGAUAAAAUAGCACAAUUAAAAGGACACUCAAAUCAUUAUAAAACAUAUGGUCCUAUGGUGCUCUUGGGACUUGCCCUAAAAUGCUGUCAUUACAAAUUGCAGUUUCAAAGAAGGUGUAUCUGUGCUGAGUUGGCAGGAAAAAAAAAAUUCUCAUGCCUGAGCAGUACUAGUCCUUAGGAAAACCUCGAGACCAUAAUACCAUUGCAUGUCAAUUAGAUGACUGUACUUUUCUGUGUGUUUACAAAAAAAAAAGCCCACUUUCUUGCGUAGAUUUUACAGCUAUACAAUGCUAUUUGUGUUCUCUACAAUAGUCUGAGCAUGCUUGACACAGCAUUGAUGCUUAAAGGGAAAAUUCAAUAAAAUUAAAAUAAAAAAACUUGUAUCAAGCAUUUGAGAAACCCUUAUUGAUCCAAAAAAAAACUCCUUCAGUCCCACCCAUUGCAUGUCGAAAAAGUGGGAUUUUAAGUGGCAAGGAAUUUUUAGAACUGGCUAGUAGACUAGGUCUUGGCAUUUGGAUCCUUGAUUAUAUAAGAAUGGUACUUUAAGAUUAUCUGCCUAUCACUGAAUUUAGAUGAGGAGUUUGAGAACUCUGUGUACUGUUCUAUAGUGUAAUUGUAGAAAACAGGUGCAAUAUCCUCGAGGUUUACUUCCCAGAUAAAGCAGGGUUUCAGCAGGUGAACUCUGGAAAUAUAACCAGACCUGUCCAGAUUGCAGGACACUCUGGAUUGUAGUUGGCACCAAAGCACCAUCUGACCUGCAAUCUGUCUGUACCGACCUCUGCAUAUACCACCUGGCACAAUCGGUGCCCUUUAGGAGCAUCCUGCAAGCAACCUUGAUGGCUCUAGUAUGGAGAGGGUUUCUCCCUACUCUCCCUUUGCCGAGACCUGCAGUGCAAAGGGUGAAAGACCUAGAUGUAGAGGUGCCACAGAUGGUAUUUUGUAAUUCUAAAAAAGAGUCACCUGGUCCCGUCUCAGCUUCCAUGCACUCCUAAACCGUAAUAAGAAUGGUGUCACUUAUCUUCUUUUCUCUCCCAAGGUAUGGCAUAUGCCCAGAAAACAUCCUGCUGUAUGGACAGAGUAUUGGCACAGUGCCAACCGUGGACUUGGCAUCCCGCUAUGAGUGCGCAGCUGUGAUCCUGCAUUCACCUCUGACCUCGGGGAUGCGAGUUGCCUUUCCUGACACUAAGAAAACCUACUGCUUCGAUGCCUUCCCAAAGUACGUGAUAUUAAGGUUUGGUUUUAAGCAAGAAAUGGCUUUAGGCAGGAGAUACGUUUCAUAGCAUUACUUGCAGGAACAUGUUUUAAUACUUGCUCGGGAAGGUUUUAGGAAUCCAUAUUUAAGGUUGACAUAUGGACAAAAUUAAAAUAUUAAAUAGCACUUCUUAUAAGAGACUUUUAUGCAAGGAUACAUGUCCAAAUGGAAUACCUUUUAUCUGGUAUAGUCUAUAUGUACCCCACCUUAAAUAAAACCUCUGCAGGCUGUGCUGUAUGCAGGCUAUUAAAUCAUAGUUUAAUAUAAUUUGGCAAACCAGCAAAUGUAAUGGAACUCUCUGUUCUGAGUUAACAAGUAUGACAUAGUCUAGUUUUGUAGUUCUGACAGCUCAUCUAUAUAUAUAUAUAUAUAUUGUGCUAGCCAAACAACUCGAAAUAAAGUUAGUUUAUCAAUGUACCUAUCAAUGCCCUUCUGGUGCUGUGCUUGAGAUAUGAGAUGCCAUGUGCAAUGCAUUGUAGGAUGCUAUGCAUAAAAUAUGUGGUAGGUCUGGUGCCUCUCAAAUCCAUUGACGGCAUUCCACUUGGAAAAGGCUUGUGUAAUCUUAAACAUCAUAUUUUCCAAUUUAAACUUUACCUAUCAAUUUUGCUAGGGUAAAGAAUAGGUUAUGUGUGUAGCUGCCUGAAGUUGACAUUGCCAAUAAAUUGUUUUGUGUAUCAAUUGUCUUUUAAGACCUCCCCUCCCCCCAUUAAACUAUUAAAGUGAUAAUCUAAGCACCAAAACAACUUUGACUUAAUUAAGUAGUUUUAGUGUAUAGAUCAUGCCUCUGUAGGCUUGCUGCUCAAUUCUAUGACAUUUAGGAGUUAAAUUACUUUUGUUUCUGUUUUUCCAGUCCUAGCCACACCUCCCCUGGCCAUGACUCACACAGCCAACAUGAAAAAAGUGUUUGUUUCAUUUUGAAUCAGAUGUCACAGCAGAACAGUUUUUAACUCAUGCUCUGUUAAUUGAACUUUAAUCACACAGGAGACUUCUGCAGACUAUUAACAGAGCAGGAGAUAAGAAAUUUGAAUUUUUAAAUAUUAGCGCUCUCUUUACAGGAAGUGUUUAGUAAGGCUGUGGAAGUCACAUGCAGGGAGGUGUGGCUAGGAUCUAUACACCAUAACUGCUUCAUUAAGCUAAAUUUGUUUUAGUGCUUAUAGUGUUAAUGGAUCGUCCAUAGAAUCAAUGAGGGUGGUACUAAUUAAUUAAACUGAAUAAUAGUAGUCUUGGGAAUUAUUGUUGUUCAAACUAAUUAAAAAGGAUCAGAUGAAAACAAUAUGUAAAUCCUGCAAUAACGUUGAGAUAACCUUGUUACUAGCAGUAAAUAGUCACAAUUCCAGCACAAUUGCUUUCUUUGUAUAGAAAAAUAACGAGUUAGCAGAACAAUCGGUUCUCUGAUAAAGAUUACUGUAGGUUGUACACAAAUUAGACAAUGCUUUCCAAAAGAAAGGCAAAGAAACAAACUCAAGGAUUUUUAUUAGUUUCUUUUUUAAUAUUUUUAUUUAAUUGUAGCAGUUCUUAUAAUCAAAGUAUCCUUGGAAAAAAAUCAGAACCAAUAGCUUAACUAUUUAACUGUUCGUUAGGAACAAUAUUUUCUAAAAGUCCCACGAUAAUGACUUGACAGAAUGUAAGGUUGUAUAGGAGGCUGGACUAUUUAUUUUUUUUUUUUUUUUAGUUAAUAAGUACUUUCUGUGCUGGAGGCAAGUAUAUGACCUUGUAGAAACAAAAAUUGUUUCUACAUGCGGGAUUCCUUCUAGAACCACAUAUGUAAGUUCAAACUUGUGAAGUUACGUUGCUUCGGGGAAAACGUUUCCUGAUCUCAACAUUACUUUCAGUUGUACAUCCUUCUUGUAUAUCGGUAGUAAAACGAUUUUGGACAAAAAAGGAAGCUUGAACCUCCAGCUAGAAAGAAAACCGCAUGGCAAAUCAUUUAUUAAGUUGUAUGUUUUGUGAGCACUGUUAUAUUGCGUGUGUGUGUGUGCGCGCUCUGGAACCACGUAAGAGAUCAAUGAAAAAUGAUCGGUUCCUCUGGUUUUACUAUUUAUCGGGAUGUGUCUGAGUAAAAUGAACAUUUUUGGUUUAUUACAUAACCUACUGACAUUUAUCCCAAAUUUCAAAUAAAAAUAUUAUUGUCAUUCUGAGCAUUUAUUUGCACAAAGUGAAAACUUGUCAAAAAUAUAUUUAAAAAAAAUAGAAAAUGCAGUGUUUUCAGACCUCGGAUAGAACAAGUGCAUAUUCAUUUUUAAACAAAACAAUACUAAUGUUUUAACUUAAAGGGACACUAUAGUCACCCAGACCACUUCAGCUCAAUGAAGUGGUCUGGGUGCCAGGUCCCUCAGGUUUUAACCCUUCACAUGUGAACAUAACAGUUUCAGAGAAACUGCUAUGUUUACAUUUGGGGUUAAUCCAGCCUCUAGUGGCUGCCUCCACCGUGCAGAGCGUCCAUAGGAAAGCAUUGAAAAGACAGUGGUUUAAUUGAAAACCCUGUAGAGGCAGGCUAUAGACACCAUAGCAACUACAUUAAGCUGUAGUGGAUCUAGUGACAAUAGUGUCCCUUUAAUGACAGUGAGACAUGGGCUCCAAUAUUUAAAAUACGUUACCAGUCCUCAGGGAACACAACAAAAUAUGACAUUUUGACCCAAUGGCCUUAAUCAUAUAUGAUGUACAUGUUUUAAGGCCAUUGGGCCGAAACAUCGUGUUUUGUUGAUUGCCUAAAUAAAUUGCACUUUGCAUCCUACCUGUUGAACUUCCCGUGGAUUUUAAUUUAUAUUUUACUUUUGGUUGUCCAUGGCACCCGAACCAGAUUUUGCAAUACAGGAAGUCAAAGAAGGGACUGCUGCAGAUGCAGGCAACAGUGCAAAUUCAACUACUUGUAUUGAGUUUGGGGUAUCUUGGUUUCAUGCCGAACAAAGCUAACAGAUCAAGUCGAAUGUCUACGAUAGGACAUUCUUUUGCAAGUACUGCCGUAUCAUUCAACCUAUGAAAAGGUUGAAAGGUUCUGCACCUCCGUCAAACAUAAGAAUAGGUGCUUUUAAAAUAAGUUAUUUUUAAAUUGCACCGGUGUUUAAGUGAUUGUGGUAGUGAGCUUUUGAGGAAGAAGGAGCGAAACCUGCUGUAAAACAAUUGCAGAACAGGUUAGUUGGUAUGAGUGGAAAGGGUAAAUGACUGUAAUCUAAGAGUUGAUAAGAGUUACAGUUGAGUGAAACUGGAAGAAACCUUUAUUUACAUUAACAGUUUCACGGUGAGAACACUAUACAGAAUUCCGACGAGUGAUCAUGUGACAAAUUGCAUGCUUCAGACAAAAUACUUUCCUAAGCAUAUGCCAAAAAAUUGGUAGCAUUGAUUGCAGUGAUAAAAUCAUUAUUUUGCACAAUCAGGAAUGAAGUCAAAGAAAGUGUGUUACUGCUGUUUUGCAAAGCACUAAAAUACAUUACUUUCCUCUUAUAGAUUACGUGACAUUUUAUGAUAUUUAUAUUGUGCGAUACAUUGACAGCUUCCUGUUCUUGCCAAAUAAGGACAAAAUUUUCUGAUAUAUAGGUACAUAGUUAUCUAUUCUAGGUUGAAAAAGGCUGAGCCUUUCACACAUUUUUGUGCCUUUGAUCUAGGUGGAAAAAACAAACGAAUUGAUGUGACUGCCAAUUGUUCUUUAACCCCUUAAGGACCACACUUCUGUGACCUUCCUUGUGACUUAGUGUACCUCUCCCUUCCUUUCCCUGUCCUUUAGUGUACCUCUCCUCUCUCUUCCCUGUCACUUAGUGUUCCUUUCCCCUCACCUCCCCUCCCUGUCCCGUAGUGGUCCUCUCCCCUCUCUCCCUUCCUGUCCUUUAGUGUGUUUGUGUGUGUAUCCCUCUUUAGUGGUCCUCUCCUUUCCCUGCUAUGACUCAUUAACUCUCUUGUAGCGUGGCCAAGCGCAGCGGACUGUGGUACAGGAGCAUUAGUUUCCGGUACAUGGACGGACUGACAGGAAGUGCUCUCUCAGUGAGCACUUCCUGCCAGUCCGGCCGGGUACAGGAAACUUAAGCUCCUGUACCGCAGUCCGCUCAGCCACGCUACACUGAGUUACUGGUAGGAGGGAGCCCUUCCUUCCUGCUAGUUACUUGAUUCUUGCUCCCCCAGAGCCGGUGCGCCCCAAAACGGACGCUUGUGCUGCCUUACAGACAAUAGGAAAGAAUUGGGAAGCUGUUGCGCAUGCGCAGCAAAACACUGCAAUAAUAAGCAUCUCCUCAUAGAGUGCACUGAUCCAAUGCACCUCUAUGCCGAGCGUGGAGACACUGAAAGUCAGUGCUGCACAUUGUGCAACACUGACCCAGGAAGCACCUCUAGUGGCCAUCUGAGUGACUGUCAAUGCAGAUUUCCUAGACAGCAAUGCAAACUCUGCCUUUUCUCGGAAAAGGCAGUGUUUACAUGAAAAUGCCUGUAGGGACAUAUUGUACUCACCAGACCAACUACAUUAAGCUGUAGGGGUUCUGGUGACUAUAGUGUCCCUUUAAUGAAAGGUAGACAUGGGCUUCAAUAUUUGAAAUAAGUUACCAGUCCUUUGGGGAUACAGUCCAAAGAUAAAAGUUGUAACAAUAUGAGUAGUUUAUCCGAAGCUUGUGAUACUUUGUAGAAGUACCAAAAAGAGUGAAGCAGGAGGUCAGCAUUCAGUAGCCACGUGGCCAGUGGCUGAUACAUGGUUUCAUAUAGAAAAUAAAGAUAAUGAGUACUCCCAGCAACAACACUUAUUUGUACAAUAUAUAAGAUGGACCAGGCUUGGUAUAGAGCCAGUACAGGUAGUCCCUGGCCACAGCAAGGUUUACGAGUUUCAAUCCCGUAUGAACUUUCUCAAGAACAGUGGUGUAUUGCUAUUGACUAUAUAAGUAUCGUAUUAUCACAUCCCUUCUGGGUCUCCUUGUUCUCUAGAUCUUCUUCAAUAAAGUCUAAAUUCUUCUUAUUCAUUUUGUAACUCACCAUAAUUACCACAACAUGCUGCACUGCUUAUGGUCCUUGGAAUGUUCUUUUUUUAAAGCUGGUCUCUAAGCACCAUGACCACUACAGCUCAUUGUUGUAGUUAUGGUGUUAAAAUUUUAUAAGAACCAUCUUGGAGCCUUAGCUGGGAUGCAUCCCUAAGGUAAAAGAGCUGGUCUAACUUUCCUCCAGCACUCUCAUACUAUCCAUGCCGUCCAGAGUUCCAUCCAUACUUUAAUACAAUUAUAAGUGCAGCUGAGGAAAGGGUGGGCUAAGGGUGUCAGAGAGAGCCCUGCCUUUUUCAAACUGCUCCAAUAUAGUUUGGGGAAAAAAUAAAUCAAGAGAUGGUGCCCUUUGGCCAUAGGACCAUAACCACUACAAUCGGCUAUCAGUUAUGAUGAUAAUUAUAUAGACAUAGCAGUUGAAACAUAAGGUGCAGAUAAAGCAGUAUAAAUAGGAAUGGUGUUUGGUUUUAGCCAAGUGGGGGCCGGUGUGAUCUGUUCUUUCGUGUAGUCAUUUCCUUGAAGCAGUAAUUUACAGACAGAUUGUCAGGCAAGAAGAUGACUAAUUAGCCAUUCCUUUCACAAUUCCUGCUUCAGGGAAUAACUAACUCCAUUUUUACAAGUGCAAUUACUGUUUAAAAAAAAAAAAGUCAUAGCAGUAACGCAUUAUGACUAGUAUUUGUAAUUUACGUGUACGUUGAUUUAAUAUUAAUGACGUGUUUUCUUUUAUUCACAGCAUCGAAAAGGUAUCAAAGAUAAGUUCUCCAGUACUGAUAAUCCACGGGACAGAAGAUGAAGUGAUUGAUUUCUCACAUGGAUUAGCAUUGUACGAGCGUUGUCCCAAAACAGUGGAGCCACUAUGGGUGGAGGGAGCGGGACACAACGACAUUGAACUCUACAGCCAAUACCUGGAACGUCUACGACGUUUUAUUUCCCAGGAGUUGGUUUCCCAGCAGAGUAACUGAUGCUAUAAAAUACCGACGUCCGUUACCCUACAAGUAUCCCCGAUCUCAAUGGAUACUCAGUAAUAGGACAACUGCUUGUUUUUAUGAACUACUUAAAAUGACUGCAGAUGAAACCAUUAAAAUCUUGUUAAUUUAAACUGCGCAUACUUUGCUCUCUCUGGUACUACAUGCAGUUGCAAUACUGCUAUUGAGUGGGCAAGUAGACUACUUUAAACAGGCGUCUCUCCGUAGAGCGAGCUGAAGGGUGGUGUUUGUGCGACACAUGACAAUGUAUCUCAUCUGUGAUUACGUUCCUCUCCACUUGGCCUUGUAUGCCCUUUUAAAAAGGGGGAAAAAAGGAUCGUUAAUAAACACUAAAAUAAAACCCAUUGAGUGGGUUUUUACAUUUUUGCAAGCCCCUUCUUAGUGUUAAAAUAAGUUGACACGAGUCAUUGAGAUCUGUUGAUUCUAUUAAGGCACUUUGAAAGAAUAUAUUUGGCAUAACAUGCAAUAAGGCAUCUGUAAAUGCCACCAUUUUAAGUCCUUAACUUGUUUAUGGAAUGUUUAGUGAAUUAACUUGAAAGUACAACUUGCUUAUCACCGUCGGCCAUUUUCCUUUUAUUAUAUGUAAGCCCCGAGGUUCAUCUUUCUGAAAAAUGAUUGGUUGGUCACUGCAAACGUCUCUUCUUAUGAAUAUAUCUGCAUUUGAUGCAUACGUGGUAACAGUGCGGAUAGAGAGAAAUCACUUGAGAGAUUAUAUGAUCUAGAUUGAAACUAGACCAUCAGGCAGCUGCGAUUGCAGAAUCCCUACGAUGACUGUAAAUUAGGCGCUGGAAUUUUUUAAUUUUUUUUUUUUGUAAUAAGAUUAUACUUAUGUUGAUUUUAACUGUGGACAAGAACAUAUGUGGUAAGAAGAGAAUAAAAAAAUUUAAGAGCAAUAAUGGAAUGUGUGUGUCAUAGGUGUUUGGUCUUUUGCUAUUAUUACCAAGGAUGAGGGGAAGUGCUGAGCUGAUUUGUUCUUAUUUUUGCUCACUGAUACAUGUUCAACUACACAAAAAUAAGUCGUGUAUAUACGCUAAACUGAGUCUUGCGAGCAGACAAAAAUGAUAACAUACACAGCUAAUUGGUGGCAUUAUAAGUUACCUUUGGUUUAUGAUUACACCCUGUUCCAAAUUAUUAUGCAAAUUCUAUUUAAGUG